AAAGGAAGUUUAAAACUUGUGAUUUUCAAGCAGACGACUAUAUUUCAGGCAAAAUGACAACACAAGUCAAAAAUCACCAAGGUGGAAAAGAAUUUGGAAAGUUAUUGAAACAAAUUGAGUUAACUUGUGAUGAAAUAAAUCAGACAUUUUUGGAAGAUGAAUUCUGGCAGGAUGUUGAAGAUUUAGAAGAUCAACUUGGUAGUUAUAAAAAACAAUUUAUAGAAUAUGAUGCAGAUAAAUCAGGCGACCUGAAUUUGAUGGAUGUCAAAAUAAUGAUGGAGAAGUUAGGCCAAGCUAAAACACAUUUAGAGCUGAAGAAAAUGAUAGCAGAAGUUGAUAUCAGCAAUUCAGGAACGAUAACUUAUAGUGAAUUUUUACAAAUGAUGCUUGGCAAAAAGUCUUCGGUUCUCAAAUUAAUAUUGAAGUUUGAAGAAAAAAUGAAAGGAAUUGAAAAACCAACCGGAGUUCCACCGAAAAGAGACUUGAGCAGUUUACCAUAAAUGAUUUGUAACAAUUUAAUAUUAACCUGAACUUUCUUUUAAUCUUCACGUUCGUCACUAUGUCUAAAACACUACAUGAAUUACUCCUUGUAUAACCCAUUUUUCAGACAUACUCUAAAUGUUUAAAUUAUAUAUUCAUAUACAUUAUGGCGUUGUAAAUAAAUAAUUUUGUUUAUUUUU